CCAUCUGAGAAUGCGACGUAUAUUUUAGCGACUGUUUCCUCUAUUUUAUACACAUUAAUGUUUCGUUUGUUUAAUUUGCGAUAAUUUGCAAAAGUUGUUACUGGAAACUAUUUGUUUUGGGAGAUUUUUAACUGACACAAGAAGUGGUCACGCGAUGAUACUUUGGGAAGUUGUAGGAGUUUUGGUCAUUGCUGCUAAUGUAGCACAAGCAACCGGGCUGCACCAGUUAUCAACCCAAGUUUGCACGUCGGAUGUUUGUCAUCAAGUUGCCCGUGAAAUCGUCUCCAGUAUGGAUGCAACCGUUAAUCCGUGCAUGGAUUUCUACGCCUACGCAUGCAACCGUUUGAAUAGUAGCAACGGUGUAUGGAGCGAAGUGCUACGUCUCAAGAUUUCCAAACAACUCAAAGAUGUUCGACAACGGAAAUUACACCAAUCGCAUGGAAGAAAAAGCAGUGGACAUAUACAACCAGUGCAUCAACCAGACGAAUGGUAUUCGGAAUCACUCAACGGGCCAUUCGACGUUCAGACCAUUCGCCGUCUUGUGCGCGUUGUUGAUGACUUGUUUGGUGGAUGGUCACUAUUAAAAGGCAAUCCCAAUGUGUCUGCUUUUCGCCUGGACGACGUUGUCUCCCGUCUGCAGCAAAACAACAUUCAGUCCAUCCUUUACCUCUCCGUAGAAAAAAACGACUUUUCCACCGAUCAGAAUAUCCUAUUCCUCAGGUUGCCUGGGCGCCUUUACGACCGGUGGGGACUGUGUGCCCGCUACCCUGGUCCAUGCAAUGCAGCUAGGCAGCUAACUACCGUAUGGAAGUCGAUUGUCAAGGGUUUGAUGAAAGUGACCAACGCCAGUGCCCAGUGGUUUACUGUUGAGAAACGGUUGGAGAAAGUUCUUAUUUUGGAUUUUAUGCUAUCAACGGUGCCAAAAGGGACGGUGGACUUGCUAAAGCGCUUAACGUUUGGGGAUCUUAGUAAACCGCCUUUCCGUUCUCAUUUCCUGUCAAGCCUCUUGUCGCUGUUCAAUGUCAUCCUUAAAGAAACUUCUGUGAAAUUUCGUGCUACGGUCGCUACACAGUUCGGUGACCCGUUUCCAGAGUAUCUCCUCAAGCUGGAUCAGACGAUGGCGCAGCUGGAAUCUGACGGGGAUGCGGGACUUGCGACACUGGCUGAUUGGCUGUGGUGGACAACGCUAUAUCAUUAUUACAUUAUAUAUCAGGAAGCACAUCACUGCGUGCAGUUGUUGAGAACAGCUAUGCCGUUGACAGUUUCGCGAAUGUUCUUUGAGACCUACAUUCCGAGCGGAGUUGUUCAAAAGGCACAUAAACUGAUUUCCGAAAUUGCCGACGGAGUACGUGACGCAGUCAUCCUCAAAACAAUUUGGAUGGACCGAGCAACGCAAGAAACCGCCAUGGAUAGGCUAAAUCAUACAUUGCUAAAUGUGGGUUAUCCCAGAGAAUUCUUGGACAACUGGACACUAAUUGAUGACCUGUACGCAAAGGUUAGUUGA